AUUAUUCCACGGGAACGUCAGUUCCGUAAAGUGUCCCCUCUGGCUUCGUCCAAGCGAAGCUCCACGAUUUUUUACGCGGAGCCCGAACAUCAGUCCAGUUGGAGUAAAAAUGUACUCUGAGAUGUCAUCCCAAUUAUCUGAGUGAGACUUCCGCCUCGGGCAGGAAGGAGCUGACCGCCAAAGGGCGUAGCGGCUUUCCUCUCACUGCGUUUGAAGUGGGAUGCUCCGCCGCCGCGUUAGCCUGCUCUCUUAGCUUGUUCUUUAGCUUCCCGAGUCGAGGAGCACCGUGCUGACGACGGGACCAGCACAAACGCCAUUAUGACAGACAGCAUUAUGAGUAAAGCUGCAACUAUGGAGAUUCCCAUCAAUAGUAAUGGUGACACCGGCUCACUGCAGGAAGAUGACAGCCUUGAACAGGCUGCAAAGCUGCAAUGGAGCUUAGAUGAGAAGGUAGGGAGCUCCAGAGACACCAGGGACCUUCAGCAGGUGAUGGUGUCAGGACCCAACCUGAAUGAGACCAACAUUGUGUCUGGAGGCUAUGGAGGAACAGUCGAGGGCAUUAUCCCCACCAGCUCCAUCACAGGUAACAGAGACGGCUCCAACAUGCACCACAGCAGCAGCAGCAGUUCAUCCAUGGCAGCAGAACAAACCACCCGCGGCGUGGCUGUGGAAAAACUUGAAUACAUGAAAAAAUGGGGUUUCAACACGUAUAAGUGUACAAAACAAAUGAUCUCUGAGCGUUUCGGUCGGGGAUCUCGAACUGUGGAUCUGGAGAUGGAGGCUCAGAUCGAGGUGCUGAGAGACACUAAAAGGAAAUAUGAGAAUGUGCUGCGACUGGCCAGAGCGCUGACCAACCACUUCUACAACAUGGUGCAGACCCAGCAUGCACUGGGAGACACCUUCGCUGACCUCAGUCAGAAAUCUCCAGAGUUAAGAGAUGAAUUUGGCUACAAUGCAGAGACUCAGAAGUUGCUGUGCAAGAACGGAGAGACUCUGCUUGGUGCAAUCAACUUCUUUGUGUCCAGCAUUAACACAUUAGUGAACAAGACAAUGGAGGACACCCUGACGACUAUCAAGAUGUAUGAGAAUGCAAGACUUGAGUUUGACGCCUACCGGUCAGAUCUAGAUGAACUGAACAUGGGUCCAAGGGAUGCGGUUACCAUGGCGCGUAUCGAUGCUGCUCAGCAACAGUACCAUGUUCACAGAGAGAAGUAUGAACGCCUUCGCUCCGAUGUGACCAUCAAACUCAAGUUUUUGGAAGAGAACAAGGUCAAAGUGAUGCAUAAGCAGCUCCUACUCUUCCACAAUGCCAUCUCGGCAUACUUUGCUGGGAACCAGCAGCAGCUGGAGCAAACACUGAAGCAGUUCAACAUAAAGCUGAAGCCUCCAGGAGCAGAGCAGCCUUCCUGGUUGGAAGAGCAAUGAGAGGCCCGGCGGACCUCCUGCAGCGUCCUUCUGAGCUGCCUCCACCUGUUGAAACCCCCAACUCACAGAGGACCACUACUGAGGGAAGAGCGCAGAGAAAGAGAGAUAAUUGAAGAGACUAGAGUGUGUGGCUAGGAGACUGAACUGGUUUAUCACAGGGUUUGACCAAUGGACUACAUGAAGCAGGAGAACCGAGUGGUCAGUUCUAUGAACAUUGAGUCGGCUUUUAGUGCCUCUUUUCCCUUCUUCCUUACUCCACUCUAUCCUCUUUGUGUGCUUUGUUCCCAAAUAAAAGCUUCAACUAUCCUCUCCUUCUGACGUAACUGCCUUCCCUGUCGCAAUGCUGUUUUUCUGUACAAAGCCUUGGGUUAGUCAUGUUUAUGGCCAUUAUUGUACUCCUCAAGUGCUCUAACUUAUUUUCAUCUUCAUAUCAACAUAUUUAACAGUCUGGUGAAGAAAAAAAAAGCUGUUAGACACAUGUAACUAAACACUACUGACCUUCAUCAGACUUCCAGUGUGCCUCCUUUAUUUGUAAGUCAGUAUAUCAAAUGAAAGCUCAGCCAUUUCCUCCUCAAUGAGUAACCCUAACCUAAACCUUUCCUCCUACAUGGAAAAGUCAGCUUUUGGAAGUUACAUAAAGCUUAUUCAGACAUUUCAGAUCAAUACAAACUAAAUCACCAGCUUUUAAAGUUAAGUUUUAUUUAAUCAUUUGUAGCCUACGACACAAGUUUUGUGUUUUGACAUUUCAGCCAUUUAGUAAAUGUGAGGGGAAAAAAUACUGUAUUGCCUCUGAACUGCAGCCUUUAGACCUGAAAACUUUUACACAAUUCAUAUAUGCAACAAUCACUUAAGAGACACUGCCACAUCCCUUCAGAGCUGUUCUGGUUCAGCUCUUCACAGUCUUGUUUUAUUUGCCCAAAGAGGAACCAGUUACAAUUGGAUGUUGUAACUGCUGUAUCUGUUUUUUUUUUUUUGUUUGAGUUGUUUUAUCACUGUAGAAUGUACCUUUUUAGAUGGCUUUGUCAGUCUAAAUCUUGAAAAGUUUCUCUGGAUUCACUACAUCUAUAUGAGAAGGUCAUUAUGUUUGCUUUGAAAUGUGUUUUUAGUUUGUCUGAAGCUCUCAGCUUUAUGUCCUCAAGACAUUCCAGUCCUCCAAAGCUGGGAAAAAAAAAACGUUUGUGUACUGCUAGUUUUUAUAUUUUAACCAAAAAUCACAUGUUUUGGUAACUUGGACUAUUAUAGCACUAAUUGUUAAACUAAUAGGCAGUCAUUUAAAAUCUAGAAAUAACUUAUCAAAAUUGGAUUGCUAUUACUUUGUGAUGAUUACUCUUAUUGAAUGGCUUUAUUUAUUUUAAUCAUGAAAUUUCUAAUUGAAAUCAAACUCGAUGCCGGAAUUUUCUUUAAGUCGGUAAAAAAGAAAAUUUAGUUGUGAUUGAUCAUUUGUUUCUAAUGUCACCCUCUUAGCAGUCAAAGGAAAAUGAGCCAAUGUAUCUGCUGACUCAUCGUAUUGUACAUAAGACAAACCGGUCAGUUCAUCGCCUAAUAUGGGUUCAUCCUCCAGCUGCUUGUCUUGUCUUUAUUUGCAUGGCAGGCAGCAAUCUACCGGUGCAGAUACGUGUGCUUACAGCAAUGCUCUAGUCUGGGUUUGACACAAUAGCAAAAUUAGUUGUUGGUUUUAAAUUCACUCAACUAGCUGAAGUAAAACUUUUAUUUUGGCACUCUUGGGAACAAUAAUAGCACGAAUGUGUUUUGGUUGGCUUUAAAAGGCACUCUGCGAGACCUCUGUCUCUGUUUACCGGCCACCUCCUGGUUUAUAUCCUCUACAAAGCAAUAUUAACCAAAUGUGAUUCCUGCGUACCUUUUUGAAAUUCUUAGACUGUAUAUUGAAGUUCUCAACCGUAAACCCAUAACUUCAAAACAGAGAAAAGUUAUUCCUUAUAGAGAUCUUUAGAUUGGUGAAUAGAAAGAGCAAAGAUUUUUAAAGGAGAGUUUUUAUUUGUGUACAAUCAAAAGUUUUCUAAGCCGAACUGGUGUGGUGUACUGUAUGAAUGAUUGCACAUUAAAUGUUCUUGGUGAGAAAAAAAAAUAAAGUUGUGAACUGAUGUAAUACUCAAAGAGACCUGGUCCACAAAAUAAAUAAAAUGCACAUUUUCAAAUA